GCUCGCCCGGGCCGCCCGGAGCCCCGAUGAGCCCAGAUGGCCGGGGCUCAGCCCGGAGUGCACGCUUUGCAACUCAAGCCCGUGUGCGUGUCGGACAGCCUCAAGAAGGGCACCAAAUUCGUCAAGUGGGAUGAUGACUCUGCUAUUGUCACUCCAAUCAUUUUGAGGACUGAUCCUCAGGGAUUUUUCUUUUACUGGACAGAUCAAAACAAGGAGACGGAGCUGUUAGAUCUCAGUCUUGUCAAGGAUGCCAGAUAUGGGAGACAUGCCAAAGCUCCCAAGGACCCCAAAUUACGUGAGCUGUUGGAUGUGGGGAACAUCGGGCGCCUGGAGCAUCGCAUGAUAACGGUGGUGUAUGGGCCUGAUUUGGUUAACAUCUCCCAUUUGAAUCUCGUGGCUUUCCAAGAAGAAGUGCCCAAGGAAUGGACAAAUGAAGUUUUCAGUUUGGCAUCAAAUCUGUUGGCCCAAAACAUGUCCAGGGAUGCAUUUCUGGAAAAAGCCUAUACUAAACUUAAGCUGCAAGUCACUCCGGAAGGGCGCAUUCCUCUCAAAAACAUAUACCGCUUGUUUUCAGCAGACCGGAAGCGAGUCGAAACUGCUUUAGAGGCCUGUAGUCUUCCAUCUUCAAGGAAUGAUUCAAUACCUCAAGAAGAUUUCACUCCAGAGGUGUACAGAGUUUUCCUGAACAACCUUUGCCCUCGACCUGAGAUCGAUAACAUCUUUUCUGAGUUUGGUGCCAAAAGCAAACCGUACCUUACUGUUGAUCAAAUGAUGGAUUUUAUCAACCUCAAGCAGCGAGACCCCCGGCUAAAUGAAAUCCUUUACCCUCCAUUAAAGCAGGAGCAAGUCCACGUAUUGAUUGAGAAGUAUGAACCCAACAGCAGCCUUGCCAAAAAAGGACAGAUAUCAGUGGAUGGAUUUAUGCGCUAUCUGAGUGGAGAAGAAAAUGGAGUUGUUUCACCUGAGAAACUGGAUUUGAAUGAAGAUAUGUCUCAGCCCCUUUCUCACUAUUUCAUUAAUUCCUCACACAACACCUACCUCACAGCUGGCCAGCUAGCUGGAAACUCCUCUGUCGAGAUGUAUCGCCAAGUGCUCCUGUCUGGUUGUCGCUGUGUGGAGCUGGACUGCUGGAAGGGACGGACUGCAGAAGAAGAACCAGUCAUCACCCAUGGGUUCACCAUGACGACUGAAAUAUCCUUCAAGGAAGUGAUAGAAGCAAUUGCUGAGUGUGCAUUUAAGACUUCACCUUUUCCAAUUCUGCUUUCAUUUGAGAACCACGUGGAUUCCCCAAAGCAGCAAGCCAAGAUGGCCGAAUACUGCCGGCUGAUCUUUGGGGACGCCCUUCUCAUGGAACCACUGGAAAAAUACCCACUGGAAUCUGGAGUUCCUCUUCCAAGCCCUAUGGAUUUAAUGUACAAAAUUUUGGUGAAAAAUAAGAAGAAAUCACACAAGUCAUCAGAAGGAAGUGGCAAAAAGAAGCUCUCUGAACAAGCCUCCAAUACGUACAGCGACUCCUCCAGCGUGUUCGAGCCCUCGUCGCCAGGCGCCGGGGAAGCUGACACGGAGAGUGAAGAUGACGACGAUGAUGAUGACUGUAAGAAAUCUUCAAUGGAUGAGGGGACCGCUGGGAGUGAGGCCAUGGCCACGGAAGAGAUGUCUAAUCUGGUGAACUAUAUUCAGCCAGUCAAGUUUGAGUCAUUUGAAAUUUCAAAAAAAAGAAACAAAAGUUUUGAAAUGUCUUCCUUUGUGGAAACCAAAGGACUUGAGCAACUGACGAAGUCUCCGGUGGAAUUUGUAGAAUAUAACAAAAUGCAGCUUAGCAGGAUAUAUCCAAAAGGAACACGUGUGGAUUCAUCCAACUAUAUGCCUCAGCUCUUCUGGAAUGCAGGUUGUCAGAUGGUGGCACUGAAUUUCCAAACAGUGGACCUGGCUAUGCAGAUUAACAUGGGAAUGUAUGAAUACAAUGGGAAGAGUGGCUACCGAUUAAAGCCAGAGUUCAUGAGAAGACCUGACAAGCAUUUUGAUCCAUUCACUGAAGGCAUCGUAGAUGGGAUAGUGGCCAACACUUUAUCUGUCAAGAUUAUUUCUGGUCAGUUUCUUUCUGACAAGAAAGUUGGGACUUACGUGGAAGUGGAUAUGUUCGGUUUGCCCGUGGACACAAGGAGGAAGGCCUUUAAAACUAAAACAUCCCAAGGAAAUGCUGUCAAUCCCGUCUGGGAAGAGGAGCCCAUUGUGUUCAAAAAGGUGGUUCUUCCUUCUCUGGCCUGUUUGAGGAUAGCCGUUUAUGAAGAAGGAGGUAAAUUCAUUGGUCAUCGGAUCUUGCCCGUACAAGCAGUUCGGCCAGGCUAUCACUACAUCUGUCUGAGGAAUGAGAGGAACCAGCCUCUGAUGCUGCCAGCUGUCUUUGUCUACAUAGAGGUGAAAGACUAUGUCCCAGAUACAUAUGCAGAUGUGAUUGAAGCUUUGUCAAACCCAAUCCGAUAUGUGAAUCUGAUGGAGCAGAGAGCUAAGCAGCUGGCUGCGCUCACUCUGGAAGAUGAAGAAGAAAUAAAGAAAGAGGCUGAUCCUGGGGAAACACCAUCAGAGGCUCCGAGUGAAGCAGGGACAACUCCAGCAGAAAACGGAGUGAAUCACACUACAUCCUUGGCACCCAAACCACCCUCCCAGGCUCUCCACAGCCAACCCACUCCAGGUUCUGUAAAGGCACCUGCCAAAACAGAAGAUCUUAUUCAGAGUGUUUUAACAGAUGUGGAAGCCCAGACUAUUGAAGAGCUAAAGCAGCAGAAAUCAUUUGUGAAACUUCAGAAGAAGCACUACAAAGAAAUGAAAGACUUGGUUAAGAGACAUCACAAGAAAACCACUGACCUUAUCAAAGAACACACUACAAAAUACAAUGAAAUUCAGAACGACUAUUUGAGAAGGAGGGCGGCUUUGGAAAAAACAGCCAAAAAAGAUAGUAAGAAAAAAUCGGAACCCAGCAGCCCUGACCACGGUUCCUCAGCGAUUGAGCAAGAUCUUGCUGCCCUGGAUGCCGAAAUGACCCAGAAAUUAAUAGACUUGAAGGACAAACAGCAGCAACAGCUGCUUAAUCUUCGACAAGAACAGUAUUACAGUGAAAAAUACCAGAAGCGAGAACAUAUUAAACUGCUUAUUCAAAAAUUGACGGAUGUUGCUGAAGAAUGUCAGAACAAUCAGUUAAAGAAGCUCAAAGAGAUCUGUGAGAAAGAGAAGAAGGAACUAAAGAAGAAGAUGGAUAAAAAGAGGCAGGAGAAAAUAACAGAAGCUAAAUCCAAAGACAAAAGCCAGAUGGAAGAGGAAAAGACAGAGAUGAUCCGGUCCUACAUCCAGGAGGUGGUGCAGUACAUCAAGAGGUUAGAAGAAGCCCAAAGUAAAAGGCAAGAAAAACUCGUAGAGAAACACAAAGAGAUACGUCAGCAGAUUCUGGACGAAAAGCCCAAGCUGCAGAUGGAGCUAGAGCAAGAGUACCAAGACAAAUUCAAAAGACUACCCCUGGAGAUUUUGGAAUUCGUGCAGGAAGCCAUGAAAGGGAAGAUCAGUGAAGACAGCAAUCACAGUUCUGCACCCCCACCCCUCACCUCAGACCCUGGAAAACUGAACCACAAGCCUCCAACCAGGGAAGAGCCGGAAGGAGACAACCCAGGAAAAGAGUUUGAUACUCCUCUGUGACUGAUUGUUCCUGCCAGGCCGUCAGAACACGCAUGGCCACUCAAACUCCAUUGGACUCUCUCUUACUACAAGAUCACUGCCCAGGAGCAUCUUCCUGAGAAGCACCCCUUAGCUUAAAAUCCACACCAAAGGGAGAGUUCCAGAAGGAUCCAUGUAGACAUCCCCAUGCCCAGCCUCCAUGUGUUAUAUGGAUACCACUGCAGGUCUACUAGUGGAGAGUGCAUGUAUGUGGGAUUUUUGUUUUCUUUCCAAUAGUAAAUUCAAAGCAAGCAACUUCCAGGCUCCAUGGCAUUUAAUGACAGACAGUGUCUUUGAAGAAAAUCAAAGCUCUGUUGUAAAUUAUUUCAAAGUAAUAGAAAUAGUUUGAGAAAUGCAUAGCACUAUUGAACACUAUUGGACAACCCACUUUGAACAUUAUUUUUUCCUAACUGCCCCUCAGUGACCAUAUUUUCAAGUUAACGUGAAUAUUAAAUUGUUUCAUCCUUUGCUUUGCAGGCACUGGCGGCUUGCAGUUUGCUAAUUUAUUUAUCAUAGAGGCAUCAGUGUAUUGGUUGCUGACAUGGCCUUAUUAGAGACCAUAGUGAGUCAAAUAAGCUGCUUUUCUUUCUUGAAAAAAAAUCACUUGAUUGUAUCCUUGCCCAGUGAAGCUAUCCCAAGACUUGGCAAUAUGGCUCAUACAUAUGGCUGCAUAAGCAAUUGGCCUCAUACUUCCAGGCAGUGUGCUGUCUGAGUUGAUACCUGCACUCGAAGUCUGGGUAUUCAUUGGUUGUUGGCCUGAAAUGAUUAAACAACUACGAAGAGUCUGUCUAGUUGAAUAAUAAUAGGUAUGAGCUAAUGUAUGUUGAGCAGAGAUUCAAUGACAGCGAUUGGGUUUUAGUGGUUAUUUUGCUUCCUGACAUUUUUUUACGGCUCAUUUGUUUUUAAUAUAGACAUAAAGAUUGAAUAUUUAUCUAAAGAAUACAUAAACCCACACAUAAAUGAUCUAUAUUAUCUACGUGUGUAUAUGUGCACACUCAACUAUGCAAGUGCACACACACACACAUACACAUUCAUAUGAGUGUAGAUGUGUGCUUUUUAAUUGGCAAAGGCUCAAAUCUCUUCCAUAAGACUUAAAAACAAAUUCAGGGAUAAACAUAUAGAGGAGAAAGUGGUCACACAUCUAGAAUAUAUGGCUAUAAAAUUACAUUGAAAAUUAAGAAACAAUUGAUGGAGCCAUUGAUGCAAGUUGAGGUAGAUUUAGAACUUAGAAUAUGAAUUUGAUAUAUAUUUUGCAGGAUCAAAACUGGAUUUUAAGUAUCAGAUUUUAAGCUUGUAUUAAUAGUCAGAAUAUACAAAAAAGUAUAGGACAGCAAUAUGGACAUAUAUCUUCCAUAUUUUUUAAGUUUGAUUCAAUUUUAUUCUAACAUUGAAAAAAUCUUUCAUUAUAUAUUUACUAUGUACAUUUACUUCACUUAACUGUGUCUUUUUGUUAAGUUCCAAUAUUAGGUGACGUAAGAGAGAUUAUAUCAUGGUAAAACUGUUCAAAAAUACGAUUGGAAGGUCUUAAAUAAGAUAAUUAUUAUAUAGAGGAAAAUAUAAUUUAGAGAGCAACACAAAGAAAAUUGACGUAAGAUGUUCACAGCUUUAUUUUACUUUAAAGUAAAACUGAUUGUAGGUUAGUAAAACAUUUUAAAACAAAAAAAAAUUGUGUUCUGAAAUUUGUGUUUCAAGAAUUUAAUAUUUUUAUGGAAAUUAUUUUAUUUAACUUUAAGCAAUAACUAGGGAUCACAAUUAAGUUUUAAUCCAAAUAGAAGCUUAGUACAAAUGUUAGGAAAAAGCAUUUGAUUAAAAAAAACUACAUCUAGUGAGACAAAAGGGGAAAAAUCCCAUCCUCUUUGGAGAUGAUGAUUGUAUUUUGAUCUGAAGGAUUUGGAAUGUUAAUCAGAUGUUUAAUAAAACUUAACUUCCACUGAAAGAGAAAUCUUUUGUAAAUCAUUCUACUUUUGCACUUUGAAAGGGAGUCAUUAAUCAUAGGGAAACGAGAAUGGUCAAAAUUGAAUGUUGCAUUUUUAUAAACAGAAUUACAGACUGUCUAAAAUUGUAGAAGAAUGAACUAAUAGUAGCAUUCAUAACCAAACACAAUGAUGAUUCUUAGAGAACAUUGUAUCCCAUUUUAGUCCAGAGAUAGACUAAGGUUGAGAAACCUUGAUUUACACAAAACUGUUUUGGUAGUUGGAUUUCAUUAUCUUAGUGACUCUGGUCAUUUUACAAUAUGUUUGUAUUUGGCCAUUUACUGUAAUCACAUUUUUAUAUCUGUACAGUGACACUUUUUGCAGUUGUGGGGUAGUGUGUAACACUGUCCAUCUUGCAUCAUUGAAACUACUACAGUGAUACUAUCAUUUAAUAAUAUUAAUGUUACUUGAAAUAGACUAAGAUAAAGAAAAAGGGUCUAUAUGGUGUGCAGUUUUGUGCCUUUAUGUAUUUGCCUUGUUCUUUGUUGAAUGUGUGAAAUUCUGUGCUGUGGUUUUUCCUAUAACAGAGAGUAGAGCUGUGUAUUAAAUUAGACUGUGCCCCUCUGAUACCUUCACACUACUGAGAAUAACAUGGUUUUGGCCAUGUAAACCAAUUUUUGAAGUUCUAAAGACAUGCUGUAUGUUUUUGGUUUUUAACAUUUCAUUUUAACAUUUCAAUAUCGCCAUACAUUGAUUGAUACUCCUGUAAUAGAUAAGCAGUCAUUAAAUAACUCUGAAAGGACCAUUGCUUGUAUUACUUUGAAUUUAAUGUUGCGCUUGUGCACUGUAUAAAUAUUGUUUCUGAUGGAUUGGACAAUGUGACUUGCUUUUUCAGAAGAAAAAACAGAGGUAGGACAAGUAUUUGAAGCUCUUAAAAUGUACAUAUUUUGGUUCUUCUAUCUCAAAUUAUUUAAAAUGCAUACUUCACAUUUUUGUAAUAAUUCUAUGCAAUUUUGUGGCAUGAUGUUUCUUCCACUUGUAAUUUUAUGUGCUUUCAUCACAAAUCCAAAGGAAAUAAUAAAAAUUUCUUA